UAGAAACGGAAUGCGUCGGUGUGCGCACAAGUAGUUGAAGUAGCAUCAUCAUCACGUCGAUUGUAAAGAAAGAAAGCAUUUGACUUUUAUAAUUUUUUGCAGAGUACGCUACUGUUUCUUUCACCAUGAGCCUAAAAUAUAAUGCAAAAGAUAUUACCGAGGCAGAACAGGUGCGUAAGGUCUUCCUUGGUGGUCUCAGCCCCAAGACUGUCGAGGCGUCCCUCAGAAGCCACUUUUCAAAGUAUGGCGACAUGACAGACUGCUGCGUCAUCAGAGAUGCAGACAAGAAGUCUAGGUGCUUUGGGUUUGUUACAUUCACCAAGAUGUCGAUGGUGGAUGAAGUCAUGGACGACUUCAAGAGCCAGGGUGGACCCGUCUUGGACGGCAAGACAAUAGAGAUCAAGAGGGCGAUACCUCGUGGGGACUCGAAUGAUUACGGCUCUAAGGAACAGGUGAAGAAGUUAUUCAUCGGUGGCAUCAGUGAAGAUACAACAGAAGCUGAUCUAGAGGAACACUUCCGGCAGCAUGGCAUUAUCGAAGAGGUCAAACUACCCACUGAUAAAACUUCCAAGAGACGAGGCUUUGCGUUUAUAACAUUCACUGACCAUGAUGUAGUCAACAAACUUGUCGCCAUGAAGACUCACUUCAUUAAGAACAAACGAUGCGAGGCAAAGAAGGCCGUACCCAAGAACAUGAUGUCGAGGAAGGAUGGUCCAGAUAAUUACGGUAGAGGUGGCGGUGGUGGUGGUAACUUCAGAGGAGAUUAUGGAAAUAAUUUCGGCAACGGAAGAGGAAACUUCAACAAUGGAGGAAACUUUGGAGGAAACUUUGGAGGUAAUAAUGGCGGUGGUGGAAAUGGCGGACAGGGCUUCGGCAACAACUUUGGAGGUGGAUUUGGCAAUAACUUUGGAGGAAAUGGAGGAGGGUUCGACGGUGGAAACUUCAGCAACAAUGGCUGGAACAAUAAUAGCGGAGGUGGUGGAAAUGGCUUCAACAAUUUUGGAAGUAAUUACGCUGGUGGCAGUUCCAACUUUGGCCCAAUGAAGGGGAAUAACUUCAGUAAUAGAGGUCAAACACCAUAUGGUGGCGGUAGUGGUGGUGGCAACAACGGUGGUGGAUACAACAACAUGGGUGGCAGUAUGGGUGGCAACAUGGGUGGCAACAUGGGUGGAAACAUGGGCGGCAAUAUGGUUGGAAACAUGGGUGGCAGUAUGGGUGGAAACAUGGGUGGCAACAUGGGUGGAAACAUGGGUGGAAACAUGGGUGGAAACAUGGGUGGAAACAUGGGUGGUAACAUGAUGCGAGGUAUGGGCAACAUGGGUGGCGGAAUGGGUAACAACAACAUGGGCGGCGGAAUGGGUAACAAUAUGGGCGGCGGAAUGGGUAACAAUAUGGGCGGUGGACUGGGUAACAACAUGGGUAGCAUGGGCGGAGGGAUGAGUGGGAAUAUGGGUGGCGGCGGGGGUGGAAUGGGUAACAUGGGUAGUGGAUUGGGCAACAAUAUGGUUGGAGGUAUGGGUAGUGGUGGUGGCAGCGGAUAUGGAACGUCGAGUGGAUAUGGUGGAAGUAGCGGAUAUUCUGCAAGUGGGAAUAUGUCAAGCAAUACCACCGGCAGGAGGUUCUAAUUCGUCCUGCAUCUUCAAACCAGACCACCGUUAAAAAGGGUUUAUUGAAGGGUUAGUAGCCAGCACAGAUAGAAUGGAGUGAACUAAAAACAGGGAACAUGUAUCAGACAGGCAGAGAGAGACAGACAGGGUGCCAGACAGGGCACUAGACACUAGACAGGUCCAGAUUGGUCUGGUCACCCAGGCUAGGCAAAAAAACAAAAACAGUCCCUUCUAGAGGUUCAGCUAGAUCUAAGUAUCGGAGUAUCAAAUGAAGUCAUUUUCAAGAAUAACGCUACUAGUAACUUGUUUUUUUUCCUAGUUAUUUUUGAUGUGUUUUUAGUGUUAAUUUUAAAGAAGUUUACGUGAUUCUCUAUCUAAAAUGAGUCAAUAUUUUUAGAGAGUAGCUUUUGAAGAAUUAGUCUCAUAAGUAAUUCUUGGGAUAUCUUUGUCUUCUGACAAUUAUUUCUGAAUUAUGUCAUUCAUUAUAAUAUUAAUUUAACUUAUGGCAAUUUAUGCAUUUAUCACAGAGGCCUCCAGUUUGAUUUUGACCAGUGUAGGCCUAAUAACUGCUCGGUAUAUGUUUAGUAAUCUCCAUACAGCUUUGUGUCUUAUCAGAAUUUCAUAUUACACAAAUUGACCACACAAUUUUUGAAGAAAUGUUUUCAAUUUAACUUAUUGGGAAGAUUAAAUGUAGGUUGAGUUGAGCUUUUGUUCCUCUAGUUUGUGGAGUUUGGGUUUCAAAAAUGUUUCUUUUUUAAAUAUUUUAUCAGAUUAAGAACUUGAGGAAGUGAAGAUUUCAUACCGUUUAGGUAAUGUGUACGUGUACAUAGUGAAGGUGGUUUUGAUGACUUACAUGUAUAAGUAGUUGUACAUAGUAUAGACGACAGUGAUAAGUAGUUAGACUUUGUGCAUUUAUUGUGUCGCUAUUUUUUAAUAUUUUAUUUUAAAGGCAUUUAAGUUUUAGAGUUGCGCAAAGGAGUAAGAGUACACGUCUGUUAUUCAUUUUUUUGUAUCCAAAAGGUUUAAGUACAAACACGCAUAUUGAUGAAAUCAGUGCUUAUUUUUAACUACAAAGUGUAUGUUUUUGUUUCUGUAAGAAUGGGAAUAGAGAAGGCAAACAAUGCAACUAUGUCCGUAAAUAUUGAACGUAUACAUUGGAUACUUGUAAAGCCAUCUUGGAUUUAAGAAAACCAUUUUGUAUGUAUUGAAUACCAGCAGGUCUUUAUUAUUUUAAGUAAUUGCAGAAAUAAUGACUGUCAUAUUAUUUGAACCUUUAUAUUGAUUCAAAUACGUAAGCCUCUAGAGUUAUUUUGAACAUAGGUAUCUAUAAUUCUACAUGUAAGGGAAAUGAUGCACCAAUAAGUGCUAAGAAUUUGAUGUAGCUCAAAAAAUAAAUUAUGCCAGACCAACAGGAUAGGCUAACCAGUAAAGAACGAUUAUUCGGAAGUUUUCUGAAGUGUAGUUUUGUGACUUGUGCUUUUUUUGUGUGGAUUAGUUGUAGUUUACAGUGUUUGGAUAGUUGUGUACAAAGACCCAUGCUAGACCUACAUAACUAGAUAUGUCUGUUGUAGACAUAGAGCUAUAUAUAUAUUGACUAGAGCGCUAACUUGCUCUGCGUUUUGAAGCCAUCCUGAGCGCAGACAUGUUUGACUACGGAACGAUUUUAAUUUUAAGAGAACACACAUUGCCGUGAUUUUUUUACAUUCGGCGUGUGUGCUUACGUACCCGACUGCCCAUUUGCGUACGUCUGCGCUACGGAAACCGCAAGUUUCACUUGAUUGACAAACUAAAAAAAGUAUAUGCGCCUUUUAAACAUGAUGCACAUGACUCUCGCAGUUUGUACCCUCAUCAGCAGAUUGUGCGUUCACAUUUGCUGAAUUUUUUGGUUCGAUGACACAUAGAAAAGAACAAACGCACUAU